UCUGCGCUUUGAUUGACAGUCGCAGGGCAUUUUUUUCUCCUUCACUUUAGUUCCAAGACUUCUUCGUGACGCUCGAGAGAAGGGGGACCAUCACUUCUGCUCGUGGAAUCAACGCUGAGCAGAUCAGAAGAGCGAAAGAGAAGGGAGAGGAAGAGCUCAAGAGAGAGGGCUGCCCCCGUCCACUGACUUACUGGAGGAUUCCAGACUUCCCCAAAACUUAUGGCUGCAUGAGAAAUCCCGUUUUCCUUCCCCCUCUCUCUCUCUCUUUCACCGGGAUCUGUGGGCUACCAAUUCUCUCCUGAUCACAAGUUGUCACAAAGUUUUUUUCUUCCAGUUGCUUUAAAGAAAUAAUCGAUCCACAAUUGCUGUGGACGUCCCGCGACGGCCAUGGAUACCCACAUAAGAUGGAAAGUUAAACGGAGGUUAAGGGACGCGCAACUCACUCUAGCGAUAAUUGUACUUUUUGUCACUUCGCAAGCCAGUUCAGCAGAACCUGCGAAUCUGUUGAAGAUUUUAGAUUUUCACAGUUUGCCCGAGGGCGUAACGAAAACCACGGGAUUCUGCUCACACCGGAAGUCCUCUAAAGGUCCUGAUGUGGCCUACAGAGUAACCAAAGAUGCCCAGCUCAGCACCCCAACCAAACAGCUCUACCCUGCUUCUGCGUUUCCUGAGGACUUCUCCAUCCUCGCCACUGUGAGGCCGAAGAAGGGCAGCCAGGCCUUCCUGCUGUCUCUGUACAAUGAGCAGGGCAUCCAGCAGCUGGGCCUGGAGGUGGGGCGCUCGCCCGUCUUCCUGUACGAGGACCACACGGGCAAGCCCAGUCCCGAGGACUACCCGCUCUUCAGGGGCAUCAACCUGUCCGACGGAAAGUGGCACCGCGUAGCAAUCAGCGUGCACCAGCAGACCAUCACCUUCAUCCUGGACUGUAAGAAGAAGGUGGUACGCACCCUGUCACGCUCUGCACACCCCAUCAUCGACACCAAGGGUAUUGUGGUCUUCGGCACACGUAUCCUGGACGAAGAGGUCUUUGAGGGCGACAUCCAGCAGCUGCUGAUUGUGUCGGACCACCGGGCAGCGUUCGACUACUGUGAGCACUACAGCCCUGACUGUGAGGUGGCCGCCCCCGAACAACCCCAGAACCAGGACCCCAACACCGACGAAUAUAACACGGAGGAGGACAGCUACUACUAUGAGUAUCCCUACUACGAGGACAUGGAAGUGAAGGCUGAGGACGGCACUCCUGCACCUGAAGAGUUGGCCGUUGAAGGUGUUGAAGACCGUGUCAUCACUUCCUUGGGUGGAGGCGCAAGCUCAUCCAGCAGCAGCAGCAGCAGCAGCAGCAGCAGCAGCAGCAGCAACACUGGGGUGACCGGUGACACACGCGCGGAGACGGGCGCCGGCGCAGACGGCUACGACGGCUACGAUGGCUAUGACUCCUACUAUGACGAGGCGACCCCUGCGCCGGACAGCAGCAGUAGCAGCAGCAGCAGCAGCAGCAGUAGCAGCAGCGGCGGGAGCCACCGGAUCACCAUCACCGGAACCGGCACGGAUGCUGAGCUGGACCUGGGGUUGACAGGCGGCAAGGUGGACUUUGGAACCGGGGCAGAAAGAGUCAUCGCCACCGGAGGAGGAGGAGGAGGAGGAAGCAGCUCAAGUUCCGUCAUCAUCAACAGCACCUCUGUGGUUGGUGGUGGUGGCUCUGAUGACACCUAUGGCGAGGGCUAUGACCAAUAUACAUAUGGCGAGGAAGGAGACUACAGCGUGGAUGGCACCACAGGUGGUGGUGCUGGCGGUGCCGGUGCUGGUGGUGCUGGUGGUGCCGGGGGUGGCGGUGCUGGAGGUGCCGGCGGCAGCAGCAGCAGUCACUCCAUCACAGUUGGAGGCGGAGGCGGAGCAGGCAACGGCAGCUGGAGCACGGUCACCAUCGGAGGCGGGUCUUCCUCAGCGGGAGGUGGGUCUUCCUCAGUGGGAGGCGGCUCCGUGUCCGUGGGAGGCGGCUCCGUGUCUGUCGGAGGCGGCUCCGUGUCUGUGGGAGGCGGGGCUGCCAGCGCAGGAGCGGGCGCUGGGACAGGCUCAGUAGCCACCGGAGGAGGACAUGGUGGGGUGGGUGGAGAGGUGGAUUACGAAGACCUGGACAUUCAGGAUUACAACGAGAAGGACAUCAAGGACAUCUAUGAAAGCUAUCCUGACUACUACACCGACUCAGAUCGCGACAAAGUGCUGCCCGCUGAGACCGAUUUCAGAGCGGUGGAUGGAGCCAGCGGAGAAAAGGGACAAAAAGGAGAGCCUGCUGUCAUUGAGCCUGGAAUGCUGGUGGAGGGUCCACCUGGUCCUGAAGGCCCAACUGGUCUACCUGGUCCCCCAGGUUCCUCUGGCCCACCAGGCAGUUCUGGAGAUCCUGGAGAGAGGGGCCUACCUGGUCGCUCUGGUCUUGCUGGUGCUGAUGGUCUACCAGGACCCCCUGGGACAGUCAUGAUGUUGCCUUUCCGGUUCAGCUCUGGAGGAGAUUCAGGUCAGAAGGGUCCACAGGUGUCUGCUCAGGAAGCCCAGAUGCAAUCCAUGAUGCAACAAGCCAGACUUGCCAUGCGCGGCUCCACUGGUCCUAUGGGACUCACAGGUCGCCCAGGACCCCUGGGUCCUCCUGGUGUUUCCGGGUUAAAGGGAGAGUCUGGAGAGUCUGGUCCACAGGGUCCCCGUGGCCCCGUAGGCUCUUCAGGCCCCUCAGGAAAGCCUGGCCGCAGGGGUCGUGCUGGUGCUGAUGGAGCCAGAGGCAUGCCUGGCCAAACUGGUACCAAGGGUGACAGGGGUUUCGAUGGCCUCGCUGGGCUCCCUGGCGAGAAAGGACACAGAGGUGAAUCAGGACCUCAGGGACCACAUGGGCCAUCAGGAGAGGAUGGAGAAAGAGGAGAUGAUGGUGAGAUCGGACCUAGGGGACUUCCAGGUGAAUCUGGACCUCGUGGUUUGCUGGGACCCAAAGGACCAUCAGGGCCUCCUGGACCUCCUGGUGUGACUGGUAUGGACGGCCACCCCGGACCCAAAGGAAACAUUGGACCCCAGGGAGAGCCGGGACCUCCAGGACAGCAAGGCGGCCCCGGUGCUCAAGGACUACCAGGGCCUCAGGGAGCCAUCGGACCACCUGGAGAGAAGGGUCCAAAUGGAAAACCAGGUCUUCCUGGAAUGCCCGGAGCUGAUGGCCCACCAGGUCACCCAGGAAAAGAGGGCCCAUCUGGAGAGAAAGGACAUUUGGGACCAUCUGGUCCUCAAGGGCCAAUUGGAUAUCCUGGACCCAGAGGUGUUAAGGGAGCUGAUGGAGUCCGUGGUCUGAAAGGAGGAAAGGGUGAAAAGGGCGAGGAUGGAUUCCCAGGCUUUAAGGGAGACAUGGGCAUAAAGGGUGACAGGGGAGAGCUCGGAGCCUCUGGACCCAGAGGAGAGGAUGGACCAGAGGGACCCAAAGGAAGGUCAGGUCUCCCAGGAGACCCAGGCCCUCUCGGAACCACAGGAGAAAAGGGUAAACUGGGCGUGCCCGGCUUGCCAGGUUAUCCAGGAAGACCAGGACCAAAGGGUUCUCAAGGAUUUCAAGGAUUCCCAGGCGCCAACGGAGAUAAGGGCACCAGGGGAACAGCAGGAAAGCCAGGCCCAAGAGGUCAAAGAGGACCAACGGGGCCACGUGGAGAGAGGGGACCCAGGGGCCCAACAGGAAAAGCCGGACCAAAGGGUAACUCAGGAAGCGACGGACCCCCCGGACCUCCUGGUGAACGGGGUCUGCCAGGGCCUCAGGGACCAACUGGAUUCCCAGGACCAAAGGGACCCCCUGGACCAGCUGGAAAAGACGGUCUGCCUGGACAUCCAGGACAGAGAGGAGAGACUGGUUUCCAAGGCAAGACUGGACCUCCAGGACCUCCCGGUGUGGUCGGACCUCAGGGCCCCACAGGUGAGACUGGACCAAUGGGAGACCGAGGCCACCCUGGACCCCCAGGUCCACCAGGUGAGCAGGGACUACCUGGAGCUGCUGGAAAGGAGGGAGCCAAGGGAGAUCCAGGUCCUGCUGGCCCCUCUGGUAAAGAUGGUCCACCUGGCAUGAGAGGCUUCCCUGGAGAACGUGGUCUUCCUGGUGCCGUGGGUGCCGAUGGUCUGAAAGGAAGCGAGGGACCCCAUGGCCCACCUGGUCCUGCUGGCUCUCCUGGUGAGCGCGGUGCUUCUGGCCCGGCUGGACCCACUGGUCUGCCAGGUCGCCCCGGACUACAGGGACCUCCAGGCCCGCACGGAGAAAAGGGAGGACCGGGAGAGAAAGGACCUCAGGGCCCUGCUGGUCGAGAUGGCAUCCAGGGUCCAGUGGGUUUGCCUGGGCCUGCCGGGCCUCUAGGACCCCCUGGAGAGGAUGGAGAUAAGGGAGAGAUCGGUGAGUCCGGACAGAAGGGAAGCAAAGGAGAUAAAGGAGAACAUGGUCCCCCCGGUCCAACUGGACCACAAGGACCCGUUGGUCAGCCUGGUCCAUCUGGAGCCGAUGGUGAGCCUGGACCCAGAGGUCAGCAAGGCCUGUUCGGUCAGAAGGGAGAUGAAGGCUCCCGAGGAUUCCCCGGACCUCCAGGUCCCGUCGGCCUUCAGGGACUGCCAGGACCUACAGGCGAGAAGGGGGAGACUGGUGACGUGGGUCAGAUGGGUCCCCCUGGUCCUCCUGGACCCAGAGGCCCCGCCGGACCCCAAGGAGCAGAUGGACCCCAAGGACCCCCAGGGGGCAUCGGUAACCCUGGCAACGUGGGAGAGAAGGGUGACUCUGGCGAAGCAGGAGAGCCUGGACUGCAGGGAGACCUUGGCCCUCCGGGUCCAAGAGGCGAGCAUGGAGAGAAGGGAGAAUCUGGUCCUGCUGGUUCCUCUGGCCCUCCAGGUCCCAAAGGUCCACCUGGAGAUGACGGUCCUAAAGGCAGCCCUGGUCCAAGCGGUUUCCCUGGUGAUCCUGGUCCUCCUGGCGAGACUGGUCCCGCUGGUUUGGAUGGCGCUUCAGGUGACAAGGGUGAUGACGGGGAGGCUGGUCAGCCGGGUUCUCCCGGACCCACUGGUGAGGCAGGUCCAUCUGGUCCUCCAGGAAAGAGGGGUCCCCAUGGACCUGCUGGGCCUGAGGGAAGACAAGGAGAAAAGGGAGCCAAGGGUGAAUCUGGUCUGGAAGGUCCUCCUGGAAAGACUGGACCUGUUGGGCCUCAGGGUAUGCCUGGCAAACCCGGUUCUGAGGGUCUGAGAGGCAUCCCUGGUCCAGUGGGAGAACAAGGUCUGCCCGGUUCCCCCGGCCCUGAUGGACCUCCUGGACCUAUGGGUCCUCCCGGCCUGCCAGGACUUAAGGGAGACUCCGGUCUGAAAGGUGAAAAGGGUCAUCCAGGUCUGAUUGGUCUGAUCGGACCCCCUGGAGAACAGGGAGAGAAGGGAGACCGAGGCUUGCCCGGACCCCAGGGUCAAGGAGGACCUAAAGGAGACAACGGUAUCAGUGGCCAGACUGGUCCUCUGGGCCCCAUCGGACCCCCAGGAUUGCCUGGCCCCCCAGGCCCCAAAGGAGCCAAGGGCUCAUCUGGUCAGACAGGUCCUAAGGGAGAGCAUGGUGUUCCUGGUCCCCCUGGACCACCUGGUCCCCCCGGCGAUGUCAUCCAUCCUCUGCCUAUAAUGAGCUCUCCCAAGCGUUCCAAGAGGAACAUCGACGCCAGCCAGUUGAUGGAGGACGAUGCCAACUAUAAGGAUUACGACGAUGGCAUGGAGGAGAUCUUUGGCUCGCUCAACUCCCUCAAGCUGGAGAUCGAGCAGAUGAAGCACCCGCUGGGAACCCAGAACAACCCCGCCCGUACCUGCAAGGACCUGCAGCUGUGCCACCCAGACUUCCCCGAUGGUGACUACUGGGUCGAUCCCAAUCAGGGUUGCUCGCGUGACGCCUUCAAGGUCUACUGCAACUUCACUGCGGGAGGCGAGAGCUGCAUCUUCCCCGACAAGAAGAGCGAAGGGACGAGACUCACCUCCUGGGUGAAGGAAACUCCGGGCUCCUGGUUCAGUGAAUUCAAACGUGGUAAACUGCUCUCGUAUGUGGACGCAGAGGGUAACCCCAUUGGCGUGGUGCAGAUGACCUUCCUGCGGUUGCUUAGCGCCACGGCCCGCCAGAACCUGACAUACAACUGCUACCAGACGGUGGCGUGGCACGACCCGGAAUCCGACUCGUAUGACAAGGCCAUCCGCUUCCUCGGCUCCAACGAUGAGGAGAUGUCCUACGACAACAACCCCUACAUCAGAGCCGUCGUGGACGGGUGUGCGUUGAAAAAGGGCUACGAAAAGACUAUUCUUGAGAUCAGCACGCCAAAGGUGGAACAGGUACCAUUCGUAGACGUCAUGUUCAACGACUUUGGCGGAGCAACGCAGAAGUUCGGCUUCGAAGUGGGACCAGCCUGCUUCAUCGGCUAAGACUGUUCUCUGAACGUCCAAUGAAAAAAAGAAAAAAACACACACACUCACAAUUUUCUCAUUCUCUCAGACACUUAACAUGAGAAAGAAUUCUGACUUAUUUGUAAAGCAUUUGUGUCUCCAUGCAAAACAAACCAACAAACAAACAUGUAUUACAAAAUAUCAAGAUAACUAUAUAAAAAAAUUGGGAAAAAAAUAAUUAAGGACGAAAAAUUGUAAUAAUAAAAAAAACGAUAAAAAAAAAUAUCACAGCAACCUUGUAACCUCAGUUUACCCUCUCCCUCACAUGCAAGUUUUGAAACUGGAUGAGACCCACGCUAGCUAGCUCCACCUGUCUGUCCCCAUUACCUCUGACCCCCUGGCCUCCUCCAUCUCUCCCUCCAUCCCACUCCACCCUCCCGCCCCUCCACCACUCUCAUCCGCCAUUUCUGGUCUCUCGCGAGGCUAGGACCGGUCUUCAACACGCUGGUCUCUCUCCAUGUGAUGUGGCCAUUUUCCUCCCCUCAGUCUGGUCCCAGUCCCCCCAGUUCUUGCUAUGCUUUUGUUUUGUGCAUAAUUCUCUCCCCAUUCUUUCGAAUGGUGCUUAUUAUAUAAAUAUAUAAAUAUUUUUUGUAUGUUUGUAAGUACUUUCUGUAAAUUUUUUUCUGAUAAUGUGUCUGUGUUUUUUUUUAUAUUUCUGGCUUCAAAACGUGCAUGUGAUAUAAUGGAUGAUGAGGAAGAGAGAUGCUGUUCCCCACCCCUUCCAAAACCACUCUGAAUUGGAUGAGACCGCCAAAAUAAAACAGGAAACUAAGGUGGUACUGUCUUGUUACCAGUGUAAAGCACGUCUUAAUUGUAAUUUAACGAAUCAAAAAGAGUGAUAAUAAAAGUCAGAAAAAAAGCACACGAAGCAAUGAUGUGAGCAUUGAUUUGCCUGAAAGAAAGAAAGAAAGGAAGCAAAGGUUUUCUCCUGGCAGAAGGCACUCCUGGGCCACUGUGUAGACCAGGAGUGGAGCGGACAUCAGCAGCCUGCGGUCACAACAACCUGUUGUCAUGGCGACCGGCGGGCGUGGCUUUUAUCUCUCCCCCCCCCUCUCCUCACUUGUAACCCCGUCGGAAGAACAGUUACACAGCGGGACAAGUUGUCACGUUAUCGAGGAACACAACAGUCGUAAAAAAAAUAGGUGCUACUUCAUUCUCUCUGUGGUGCUAUAUAUUGUUUUGUUUUUCAAUUUUUUUACUGUUAAUAAAAACAAAUGAUUCACUGACGUUUUUUGUCCGACUGUUAGCGCGUCUCCCUGCCACUCACAUUCCCCUAAGACAGGGGGCGCCAUGCUGUGCCUGAGCGGGAAAUAUUUUACUGCAUGCCAAUCCAUCAUAUUCACUCAUAGAACAGAUUGAUGUUUUAUUUCGUUGUUAUUUGCUGUCAUGUAUUUUUUUUCUGUGUUUGUUUACGUCGAAUGUCUUUCUUUCAUGGCCCACGCAGAAACCACACUUGUCAGAGGACUGAGUGAGCACUGCAGAUUGUAGGAGGAAAUCAGAUCAGUCCAGCCACAUCUUAUUAGUGCAGUGCUAAUAUGGUCAUAUCGCUAAUUAGAGGUAGCCAGAGCCUAGACCGAAUGUCAGCUGAAAGUGGCCACUAUUGCUAAUGCAGGAAUGUCAGUCCUCCCUGGCCAGUUACCAUUCCGAACCCAUCUUGCUGGCUGUCAGUGGCCCUUUACUCUCAGACGUCUAUCUUUCCUCGUGUUGUUUUGUUGGUGGAGGGGUGUUCCAGUCGUUUGGGUGUCAGGGGAAAAGGGGCGUGGUGGGGUGCUUAAAUCACCCUCCCUCCCCCCAAAGAAUUCCAAAGCUUUUUCGCCAAGAAGGGGAGCCUUAGGUGAUGCACCUGAGGUCCUCCAGUCUCUUGUCUUAUUCUUCCUCUCCUUGCUCUCCUUUCACCUUCAGAGACUUGAAGGCCACAGUCACUUAAUUUAAAGACCUAAUGUUCAUAUGGUGGACUGUCGCUGGUUGCCUUUUUAUUCCGUAAGAGUGUGCAGGUGCCCCCCCCCCCCCUUUAUGGAGAGUAGGCGCAACUAUCUCAUCACACUGCACAUUAAGAGGAGCCGCUUGAGAGUAAUAAAUAUUAUUAAUUUUAUUUUUUAUUAUAUUGUUAAAAUUUUUCUCUGGCUUACUGAUGGAAAAGAAAAAUCAAGCUUAUUUAGAGCGUUUGGGUUUAAGUAAUUCUGCUAUGAUCCAGCUCUCUGUUGCCACUAGAUGAUGCGCGUUGUACAAACCACACUCUCUAGCUUGUCACCACUGCAUCAGCUGAUAUGAUGCCCUUCCUUCUCUCUUGUUUUUUUAAUGACUUGAAUGACUUUAAAACCACAGAAAGAGUAUUGGAAAAUAUCACUUUAAACUUUUGCUCUCAAUUUAAAAAAUUAAGCAAUAAAACGAAUUUCUGUAAAUGUUUUAAAACCAGCAGUCAUGCUGCCAAUUAAGAUUCCGUUACUUUUUUUGUUUUUUUUGUUUGUUUUUUCUUGUUCCUUUUUUGGUAAUGUUUAUCUGUUCGUUCUUUUUCCAAUUUUUUUUCCCUUGUCAAACCUGUGUAAGAAAGGAUAGAUGAUAUAUUGGUUUUUAUGUCAAUAAAUUCAAGUUUACUGUG